AUGGGCUGUGCUUCAUCAAGACUGAUAAGGAAAGGAAUCAAGCGAGAAAAUCGAUAUGAAAAAGGAGAUUAUGCAAACCAUGUAGUGUCCCUCACUUCAAGCACCUAUGGCGUUCUCAAACUUGACAAAGAAAUUCAUCAGCUACAUCAAGAAAAGCAGAAACAAGAAGUUCUAAGGAACAUAAAAGAAGCUGUGGUUGAAAUGAAGAAAUCACCACCUCGAGAAGAGCCUUCGGAGAUUAUAAAUGCCUGGGAGAUUAUGGAAGGGCUAGAAGAAGAAGGUCCGGGUUCUGUUCGAUCCAAGAAGAGCCCAAAAUCAAGAAUUCUUCUCGAUGGAAGAAGCCCCUUAAAGAUCUUGAAUCAAAUGGGUACUCCACAUACUACUCCCAGAAAGUUUAAGAAAUUUGGAGGAAAAGAGAAUAAGGAAAGAGUUGUGGGAUCAACAGAAAAUAGCCCAAAAACAGGUUUGAAAGAAUGUGAUAAGUUGAGGGAGAGUUCAAGGAAACCUUCACCAAGAUUGUGGGCUUCAAUAAAGGGAAGUCCGAAUGCUUCGAAAACUAACAGUGUAAAGGUUGAUUCUGGAGUGGUUUCAUCUCGAAGGAGUUUAGGCCCGCUGUUUAAUCCAGAACUAUUUGCGUCAUUAGAAAAAGAAGUGUCUAAAGGGGAAGAAAAGGUGAAGAAGCUGGUUUUACCGAUAUCCACUACGCCAAAAUGGAAAAGUUUCCGUGAUUCAGAGUCCAUUCUUGAAUCAUUCGACCAAAAAUGCCCACCAGGUGGUGAAAAUGAAGUUAUCGUAUACACUACCACAUUGAGGGGCAUUAGGAAGACCUUUAAGGAUUGUAACAGGGCUCGAUCAAUCAUCGAAUCACAUAAUGUUCGAAUGUUUGAGCGUGAUAUAUCGAUGCACUCAGGAUUCAAGGAAGAACUAAGAGGUCUAAUUGGUACAAAAGAUGUUAAAGUACCAUUAGUGUUUGUCAAGGGAAGGUUGAUUGGUGGGGCUGAUGAGUUGGCAAAGUUGGAUGAGGAGGGUAAAUUGGAAAUUUUGUUUAACGGGAUCCCACGGGCGGCUGCCAAGUGUCGCAGAUGUGGCGGGGCCCGGUUCUUGAUGUGUAUGAUGUGCAAUGGCAGCUGUAAGGUAUUGGAUGAGGAAGGAAAGAAGAGUGUCAGGUGUAGUGAAUGCAAUGAGAAUGGGUUGAUUCAGUGUUCAUUGUGUUGUUAA